GUUAGCCAUUUAUAUUUAAUUUUGUUAGUAGCUCGAUUGAUUCCCGACUUACUAAUUUGGCGGUAUUGAUAUUUUAAUAUAAGAGGUAGUUUGACAUUUGUCAUGAUUCAUUACGCUGUUGGAUUUUGUAAAGUGAAGUUGGGGAAAUAAAACUGUGAUUCGUAUUCGAGUGUUUUUAUUGCAAGUUAUCAUAUCAGAAGUUGGAAACGAGUCCAAAACGCCACAGUAUGGAUGAACUUGAUAGAAGAGUUGUACGGACGCCUCCGCUCCCACGUGACAAUCCUGAGGGAGGCCAAUCGAUGACGCUGCAAGUACAACACAGGAAUAGCAGGGCUCGCGACCGGGAACUGGAGAGGCGCAGCCGCGCAAGGCGAAGUCGAUCCAGACACAGCCGCGGGAGGAGUAGCCGCAUCACCUCUGACGGAUCGAGAAGCAGCAGGCGCCGCAGCCGGUCACGUUCGCGUCGAAGCCGGUCGCGGAUGCGCCUCAGCCCAGCACAUGUACACCGGAGUCCUACACGUUCGCGCCGCAGCCGCAGCCGCUCGCGUCGCAGUAGGACGCGCUCGCGCCGCAGCCGCAGCCGCUCGCAGUCGCGCCGGCACCGCCGAAGUCAUACAAGGUAUGGUGAUAAUGAAUUACUAGGCACUUUGAAAGAUUUAUUUAAAGCUGUUAGAUCAGAGGACAGGUCAGAUCAUGUUGAAAGAUUCCCCGUAAUGAAUGUGUUGCCUGAAUUUGACCCAGCUAAUCGUAGUCAAACUAUUGACGUAUGGCUAAAUAAAGUAAAUGAGACCGCAAGUAUUUACAAUUGGACUGAACGACAAGUUAUUCAUUAUGCGUUACCUAAACUAGCCGGUGUUGCUCUAAAGUGGUACCAAGGCUUGACGAGCUUAAAACACACGUGGCUCGAAUGGCAAGUUAAAUUAAAAACUGCUUUUCCUAGUAAGGAAAAUUAUGGUUUAUUGCUAACGGAAAUGCUUGAAAAACGCGCGAAAUAUGGAGAUUCAUUAGAAGAUUAUUAUUACGAAAAAGUUAUGUUACUUAAUAGGUGUCGAAUCACAGGUACCGAUGCAGUUGACUGUAUUUUAUUAGGGAUAGAUGACAGAGCAGUAAAAACCAGCGCCGAAGCAGCGCAAUUUACAGAACCGGAUAAAUUGCUAGUUUAUUUACGUAGUCAGAAAAAUACCAAACCAAGAGUCUCGUCUCGACAGACCAAUGAUAGCAAACAAGUUAACAGCCGGGGCCCUAAACCGGAUAAUAAAGUUGUUAAAUGUUUUAAUUGUGGUGAGGAUGGACAUCCUCAUUUUAAAUGUAAACAGCCAAUAAAGAAAUGCGAAACUUGUUCUAGAAUUGGUCAUGUUUCAUCGGAUUGUAACACUAAAAAGAAUUUUGACGCGAAAAACGAGAAAACUGUGUCAUGA